CCUUUUUUUCCUUUCUUUCCCAAACUCAAACACCGUACAUCCCAAAUCCCACUCCGAACAACACACAAUGCCACCACCUUCAUUCUUCCUCUAAUUUCAAUUCUACCCACAUGGGUUCUAAUCAAUCCCUACAGGAAGUCCAAGACGACAGAGAAGAAAGCGAGGGCCAGGAGGAGGAGGAGGAGGAAGAAGAAGAAGAAGACGAAGACAACAAUGGACAAUCCAACACAAACCAACUCCAGACUAAUCUCUUGGUCAAGAAGGUUCUCGAACAGGAACCCGAAGUCUUACCCUGCCACGCAUCCGCAUCUCCCCUCUCUCCCCAGCUCUCAACAUUGGGCACUCCUCGUUUGGGUCCCUCCAUUAAAGUUUAUGACCCUUUCAACGUCCUCGCUCCACCUCCCCCGCUGCUUCCUCCUCGUGUUUUUCCCACCACAACUUUUUCUAUCGAUGAUGAUCCAAAUCGGACGCUGCUUGAGGUGUACCUGAUUAGCCACGGAGAGUGCGACUUGAAUUUGAGGCCGGAUUUUGUCGGCGGGAGAUGCGACGGGGCUGCCUUGACGGCUAAUGGGAAGCGUCAAGCUAGGGCACUCGCUGUCUUCUUGAAUUCUCAAAGGGUGAGAUUUAGUGCGGUUUACUGCUCGCCGUUGAAUCGGGCAAGAUCGAUGGCCGUUUCAGUUUGUCAGGAGAUGAAUUUUGCUAAGGAACAGAUACAAUCAUCAGAUGCCCUUUUGGAGAUGAGUAUGGGGCACUGGGAGGGCUGUCUCCGAUCGGAAACAUACACAGCAGAUAUCUUGAGCCUAAUUGAAAGGUACCAGCCUGAUUUUUCAGCACCUUCAGGAGAAUCACUCAGGCAAGUGGAAUUUCGGAUGGUUCAGUUCUUGAAUAAGACUCUUCUUGGACUUCCUGAAAAAUUAAGACCAGAAUUUUUGUCACACCAUCGGAAUAACAUUCAAGGUUUUUCACUCCAGAGCUCCCAUUCUUUAACCAACUCUGUCCACGACAGAGAUGAAUCUUCUCUUCCUGCACCACACUGGGAUACAAUUCAGAGGCACCGACUUGGGCUAUCAAAAAAGAAGUCUGGUAAGAGCAGGUUGCAAUUUGUGUCAAAUACUGGUGAUCAUGAUGCUGAUGAUGAAAUGUCUCCUCGGGAAGCCAACCGUCAAACUGACCUCAAUGACUUAAAUGUCAGAAGUACUUCUUCCCCUUACUUAUCUUCCUCUGUCUUCUCUUGUAUUGGUGUUUUCACUCAUUCCUUGCCAAUUAAGUGUCUUGUCACGGGCCUCCUUGGUUGCAGCCCAGCAAUGUCACAUAAGAUCUGCAUAGAAGAUUCUUCUGUAACUGUAUUGCAACAUUCGUGGAAAACAGGUUGGCAGAUAAAACGGUUGAAUGAUACCACACAUCUUAGGCUUCUCUAGUUGGAGAAUUCUGCUAUCAUACUGGGGAAAUUUCUGGUAAAAAAAUGGAAAUUUUCAAUUAUUGGCCAGAAGCUGGAAUCGCUAUGCCUCAUCAUUUGAACUUGUAUGUUGCCACUCAUGCUCUCACGUUAAUUGUUGAUUCUUCCAUGAUUUGUUGUAGUCUUCAAUAUAUUUAUUUUCAGAUUCACCAACUCCAACGAGAAAAGAAUUCUUUUGGAAGUUGGAUGAUUCUUUUUUUGUUUGUAGCGCUUAGAAGAAUUGUUAUCAUAGAGUAAACUAUAAUGUAUUCCUAUAUUGGGAAAACUUGAUAUUUUUCAAUAUCAAGAAUUAUGACAAGGUUGCGCUUCUUUUUU